AUGACCACCUCCUCCUCCAACCACACCACGACAAAACAAUGGAUUCUAGCCUCCAAGCCGACGGGAGCGCCAAUACUAUCCGGGCCCGGCGCGACGUUCAAGCUGCAGACGGCUGAGCUGCCGGCGCUGCAGGAGGGCCAGCUGCUCGCGAAGGUGCGGUACUUCUCCAACGACACGGGCCUGAGAAACUUCAUCCAGAGCACGGUGGCGCCCGAGCGCUUUUACGUACCGACCGUGCCGCUGGGCGCGCCCAUGCGGUCCGGCGUCAUCGCCGAAGUGCUCGAGUCGGCAUCGCCUAAGUUCAAAGCCGGCGACCUUGUGCUCGAUUUUCACCUCGGCACGUGGAGCGAGCUCGUCGUGCUCGACGCCGCGACUUCGCAGCCGCUCGCCCCGCUGCCCAACGGCCUGCCGCUGACGCACUACCUCGGCGCCUUCGGUGCGUCCGGUAUUGCAGCCUACACGGGGCUGUACUACGCCGGCGGCGCCAAGCCCGAGCACACCGUCGUUAUCUCAUCGGCGGCCGGCGCGACUGGAUCGAUGGCGGUCCAGAUCGCGGUGAAGCUGCUGGGCGCGAAGCGCGUGGUCGGCAUCGCAGGGUCGGACGAGAAGUGCGCGUGGGUGGUCGAGCAGCUGGGCGCGCACGCCUGCGUCAACUACAAGAGCGCGACGUUCCUGGCGGACCUCAAGGCGGCGACGCCCGACGAGGUCGACGUGUACUUCGACAACGUCGGCGGCGCCGUGCUGGACGCCAUGCUGACGCGCAUGAAGCGGGCCGGCACCGUCGCCGUGUGCGGCGCCGUCAGCGGCUACAACUCGGACGAGCCCAUGCAGCUGUGCAACUGGUUCGAGCUCAUCUCCAUGCGCAUCCAGAUCCGCGGCUUCAUCAUGCUCGACUGGAUGGACAAGGCGCCCCAGAUCGUCGGCGAGCUGAUCGCUGCCGCCGCCGAUGGCAGGAUCAAGUUGCAGGAUGGCGAGACUGUGGUCGAGGCCCGGAUUGAGGAGCAGCCUGAGGUCUGGAUGCGGUUGUUUAGUGGUGCGAAUCAGGGCAAGCUGCUUACGAAGCUUAUCGUCUAG